UAUAUAUAUUUUUUAACAGGCAACUGCUGCGGGCAGCGCGCGGGAGGGGUCCUCGUACCGCGGGUGACGCGACGCGCCCACCUCGGCCCCUUCUCUCGUUCGGCGCGCAGGCAACAUGGGUCGCGUACGCACCAAGACGAUCAAGAAGGCGGCGCGGGUGAUAAUCGAGAAGUACUACACCCGCCUGGGCAAUGACUUCCACACCAACAAGCGCGUGUGCGAGGAGAUCGCCAUCAUCCCCAGCAAGCCGCUUCGCAACAAGAUCGCGGGGUAUGUGACCCACCUGAUGAAGCGUAUCCAGCGCGGCCCUGUCCGUGGCAUCUCCAUCAAGUUGCAGGAGGAAGAGAGGGAGCGGCGUGACAACUACGUGCCCGAGGUAUCGGCCCUCGACCAUGAAGUGAUUGAGGUUGAUCCGGACACCAAGGAGAUGCUGAAAGUGCUGGACUUUGGAAACCUGCCCAACCUGCAGGUCACUCAGCCUAUUCUGGGCAUGGCCUUCCGGUCGCCGCGGAUCUAAAACGCAUUCAUGUUGUCAAAAAUAAAACAAUAAAAAUCUCAA